GUUUUUUUUUUCUCGUAAUUUAUGUACCGGUGUCUACCAAAAGAUCGAAAACAUACAAACUUUAAGUUAUUAUUCCAGAGCACAAAACAAGGUUGUGACUGGAAACGGUUCGACUUUUUAGCAGUAAGGAUAAAAUUAUUAAAAUGUCUGAGGUUGAAGAGACAUUAAAGAGAAUUGGAAGUCACAAAGGAGUCAUUGGUAUCAUAGUUGUUAAUCAAGAAGGUAUUCCUAUUAGAACAACACUGGACAACUCUACUACUGUUCAAUAUGCAGGGCUUAUUCAUCAAUUAACAGCUAAAGCAAGAAGUACUGUGCGUGAUAUUGAUCCUCAAAAUGAUUUGACUUUCUUACGAAUUCGAUCAAAGAAGCACGAAAUAAUGGUUGCCCCAGAGAAAGAGUAUAUGCUAAUUGUUAUUCAAAACCCUGGCAUUGCUGAGCGAAGUAGCUAACAUGCUAAAGAAUAGUUUUUUUGUAAUUUUGUUCAAACUUGUAUAUGAUAUUAUGAUUUUAAAAAUGGCUUAAUUUAGAAA